UUGACCACCACGCCAAAUACUUUUGUUUACAGCCGCCGGAUUACCAGUUUCUAAACUCUAGUGAACGUGAAACCACCGUGAAAACCUAGUUCUUCACAUCAGUCAACUGAGCAUUUUUUGAUUUUUAUUAUGGACUACUAACCGGCACUCCAGAUCUUUGCCUGGCCUUGAAAAUGCUACAAAUCUAGUCAAACGUGCCUUAAGGAUGGCCAAGGCCGAUUUGUUAAGGUCCUUAAUGGACGUGGUGGGAUUUCUGGUGCUGUGUUUAGUCGUUAUCAUUAAAUCAAUCGUAAAAUCGAUUCUCCCCGCCUCUUAUCAACACUACAAGCAACUCAAAGGGGAGAUUAUCCUUAUCACAGGAGGCGGUGGAGGGCUGGGGAGGUUACUAGCCCUCAGGUUGGCACGACUGGACGCCAUCGUCGUGCUAUGGGACGUCAACGUUAAAGCCGUUGAAGAAACUGUGGAAUUAGUAAAAGGCGUAGGAGGCGUCGCUUAUGGCUUCAAGUGCGACCUUGCGGACAAAGAAGACGUGUACAAAAUAGCAAACACAACACGUCAAGAAGUUGGCGAAGUGACCAUCUUAAUAAACAACGCCGGAAUUGUUUCCGGAAACCUCCUCCUGAACACACCGGACCACCUAAUCAAGCGGACGUUCGACGUCAACAUUUUGGCCCACUUCUGGACCGUUAAGGCGUUUUUGCCCCAAAUGAUCGCCAAAAACCACGGCCACAUCGUCACAAUCGCGUCCAUGGCCGGCUUCGUCGGAAUCAACAAACUGGUCGAUUACUGCUCCUCCAAACACGCCGCAGUUGGCUUUGACGAGGCCCUUAGGGUUGAGCUGGAAGCCCAAGGGGUUGAUGGGGUCAAAACCACGGUCAUUUGCCCGUAUUUUAUCCAAUCAACCGGGAUGUUCGACAAUGUCAACUCCCGUUUUCUGCCCACUUUGAAGUCCAACGACGUGGCGGAUCGAAUUGUUGAAGGGCUGCGCAGGGAAGAGAUCGUCGUGAUGAUCCCUGGGAUUUUCAAAACUGGCGUUAUUUUCAAAUUUUUGUUCCCAUGGGCGUGCAUUUCGAUGUUUUUGAGAGGUUUGGUCCCGGAUGCCGUCCCCCAUCACCACCUUCCAGUGCAAACUAGUGAGAAAAGUGAUUUUACGACCAAGUCGGAUAUUAUGAAGAGUUCUUUAGCUUCGCUAGACCAGCGAGAGGGGAUUAGUGGGAAGAAUCUAUAGUGAUUUUUUUUCUGUGAAAGGUUUAAUUAAGUACAGACAGUGGGUUUUAUUGUUUAGUUUUAAAACUGUGUGACUUAAUUUAAUUAAAUAUUUUUAUUACUAAA